AUGAAUUAACCUGCAUUUAGAUAUAUAGCUUCGAAGGAGUUAUAAACAUUCUGGCCAGCGAGCCUCGGCGGUCACUAAGCCAAGAUGUCUCGUCUGGUGCGGCCGGUUGCGACCCUCCUCAAAACCUACUCCAAUAAGACCGCUCUUGUGAAGUCAGUACGAUGGAGGGCCACUGCUGCUGCUGCCAACUACCAACAAACACUCCUCAAUGUGCCGGCCACACGAGUCACAGUGCUGGACAAUGGCCUGCGAGUGGCCACUGAGGACUCUGGCUCACCCACUGCCACAGUUGGCCUCUGGAUUGACACAGGAUCUCGCUUUGAGACUGAUGCCAACAAUGGAGUGGCCCACUUCCUGGAGCACAUGGCCUUCAAGGGAACCUCCAAACGCUCUCAGACUGACUUGGAGCUGGAGGUGGAGAACAUUGGAGCACAUCUCAAUGCUUACACUUCCAGGGAACAGACUGUUUUCUAUGCCAAGUGCUUCUCUCAGGACAUCCCAAGGGCUGUGGAGAUUCUCUCAGACAUCAUUCAGAACAGCAAGUUUGGGGAGUCCGAAAUUGAGCGAGAACGUGGAGUGAUCCUCCGUGAGAUGCAGGAAGUGGAAAGCAAUCUGCAGGAGGUGGUGUUUGACCACUUGCAUGCAGUUGCCUUCCAGGGAACACCAUUGGGUCGCACUAUCCUGGGCCCCACCAAGAACAUCAAGUCCAUCAACCGCAAAGACUUAGUAGACUACAUCACAACACAUUACAAGGCACCACGCAUUGUGCUGGCUGGAGCCGGUGGUGUUGACCAUGGGUCUCUGGUCAAGUUGGCUGACCAGCACUUCAAGGGUCUUGGCAUUGACUACGAGGGACAGACACCAGAAGUGGCUCCUUGCCGCUUCACUGGUGCAGAGAUUCGUGUGCGUGAUGACGCCAUGCCCCUGGCUCACAUUGCCAUUGCUGUGGAGGGUGCUGGAUGGGCUGAUGCUGACAACAUCCCUCUCAUGAUUGCCAACACCAUCAUUGGCUCCUGGGACCGAACCCAUGGUGGCGGUGCGCACAAUGCUUCCAACCUUGCACAGGCUGCAGUCAUUGGAAACCUGUGCCACUCGUUCCAGUCAUUCAACACAUGCUACAAGGACACUGGCCUCUGGGGAAUGUACUUUGUGUGUGAACCACUCAAAAUUGAUGACUUCAUGUACAAUCUGCAGUCUGAGUGGAUGCGUCUUUGCACUAACGUGACUGAAUUUGAGGUGGAGCGUGCCAAGAAUAUCCUGCGUACCAAUCUUUUGCUGCAGCUUGAUGGCACCACACCAGUGUGUGAGGACAUUGGCCGGCAGAUGCUGUGCUACAACAGGCGUAUCCCCCUGCAUGAGCUGGAUGCUAGGAUUGAGGCAGUGACAGCUGAUGUGGUUCGAGAUACCUGCUACCAGUACAUUUAUGACAAGUGUCCUGCUGUGGCUGCUGUUGGCCCUUGUGAGGGUCUGCCAGACUAUAAUCGCAUUCGCUCCAGCAUGUACUGGCUUAGAGUCUAACUGGAUUAUCCUGGAAUGGUCUGCAGGUCUAGAUAAUUUUAUAUUAAUUUCAAAAUUAUGAAAUAUAGAAUUCUGAAAACUUACAUGAGUGUCAUCAUUUAUUUUUAUUUCUGUUCUUGUCUGUACAUUUACUGUAUGUAAAUAUAAUAAUACUGUAUAAAACAAAUAUAUGAAUAUAAUUACAAGUAAA